UUAUUUUGAUGUGCUAAACUCAGCAACCAGUUAGUUACAAAUACCCAUUUUCAUUCAUAUUAAUUAGCUAGCUAGUUCUUCAAGGGAAAAAAUGGCUGAAGCCAAAUCUGCUACUGUCACUGAUCAGAUCGACAUCAAUUCAAUACAACCAGUGAAGCCGGCCGACCCUCGCGUGGUCGAGAUCGGACAAUUUGUAGUGGAAAAAUUUCACCACGGAAAGCUGCUUUUCAUCGCCGUGCUUGGCGGAUUCACGUGGAAAUGUGAGGGAGGCAAGUACUACGCCCUUGUCAUUGAAAAUCAGAAUUAUGAGGGCGCCACAUUUAUCCAUAAAGCACUUGUUGUUGAGGCCCCAGGUGAAACGAAACUCCUCUGGCACAAGAAUUAAUCAAGCACUACUAUUGAUUAGCUGAGGAUCAAGCAUUACUAUUGAUCCGCUGAGCAUUACUAGUGUCUAUGGUGUGGUUUUCAGUUUAUGCAUGGAUGAUGUACUGCUGCCAUGCAUACAUCUUUCCAGUAUUGUACUAGCAUCUUUCCACCAUUCCGUUUGUAUUCGAGUUUGUAUCCUUGUAUGUUAAAAGGUGCACUUAUACGGACAAAAAUGCACCAUUAAAUGAAUAAAAACGGCUGUUUGUUUUUGAGUUUA